AUGGAAGCACUAGCAGGAGGCAGGGGGCGUGCUCCAUCUCUUGCCCCGGGGAAAGCCCACUCAACAGGGCCUGGUACCCACGAAAAGCCUUCCGCUAUCCCGCACACACGUGCAUUUCUAUCCACACUCAUGUCCCCCAGCAGGACUCUGCUCCUUGAGGGCCGGGUAGAGCUCCAGAGAGGCCUGCAGAGACGGGGGCGAUACCUUUUCCUGUUCGAGGAUCUGCUUGUGGUGGCCAAAACCACAUAUAUCAACAGGUGGAAGGUGAAAAGUAAAACAAAAUUGAGUGACAUGUGGAUAGCAAGCUGCUGUGUGAAGGAAGUGGGAGGAGGCAACACCGAUGCCUCCCGAUCAUUUGUUCUGGGCUGGCCCACAGUCAACUUUGUGGCCACUGUCAGUUCCCCAGAACAGAAGGACAAAUGGCUCUUUCUCCUUCAGAGGUACAUCAGUCUAGAGAAAGAGAAGGACCAUCCGAAGACCAUUCCCCUCAAAAUUUUCACCAAAGACAUUGGGAAUGGUGCCUAUUACAAAACCAUCAGAAUAAGGAAUUCAGAUACAGCAAGUGACAUUAUCAACAUGUCACUACCAAUGCUAAGGAUAACUGGCUCUGAGAGAGAUUACCAGUUAUGGAUCAAUUCUGGCAAGGAAAAGGCAUCAUGUCCACUUAUUGGGCAUGAAUGUCCUUAUGCAAUUAAAAUGAGCCAUCUUCGAGACACUGCACUCCCGAUGCAAGGUUCGGAGGACACCACCAGCCCUCUCAACCUCCAAGAGCUCUGCCUCAUGGAACAGCUGCCCCGGGAGAUGCGGUGCCAGUUCACCCUGAAGCCCAGAUGCCUGGCUGUGCCCCAGCAGCUAAGGGACUCAGGUCAGAAGACCUUUCAAAGGAGAAGGUCUAUCACCAAGUGGCUUUUUGGGCGGAGCUCUAGCACUCACCUGGAUAGGUUGCCCAUGUCACCAACCUCUCCUUUGCCAGGGCAGCUCUUUGGAGUGUCUCUGCCAAAUCUCUGCAGGCAGGACAAUCUGCCCAAACCUGUCUGGGAUAUGCUUUUUUGUGUUCAUGAGAAAGGACCCCUCACCAAAGGAAUAUUUAGGCAGUCAGCCAGCAUGAAAUCUUGCAGAGAGCUGAAAGAAAAACUAGAUUCUGGAGUCGAAGUCCACCUAGACCAUGAGUCUAUUUUUGUCAUAGCAUCUGUUUUUAAAGAUUUCCUAAAACAUAUUCCUGGAAGUGUUUUGUCAUCAGAUCUCUUUGAUCACUGGGUCUCUAUCAUGGAUCGAGAAAAUGAUGAACAGAAAAUAAAUGAAAUUCAAAGACUGUUAGACCAGCUUCCGAGAGCCAAUAUUGCUCUCUUACGGUACCUUUUUGGAGUAUUACACAACAUCGAACAACACUCCUCAUUCAAUCAGAUGAAUGCAUUUAAUUUAGCAGUGUGUAUUGCUCCAAGCAUGCUUUGGCCUCCAACUUCCUUCAGCCUAGAGCUAGAAAAUGAAUUUAUAAAAAAGAAUAAUCUGCUUAUUCAGUUUAUGAUUGCAAAUUGCUGUAGGAUAUUUGGAGAGGAAAUCACUUCCCUCUUUGGAGAAUCUUCAGUGAGGCAUGAUACUACAGAGAGAGCCUUCGACACCCCUGGCGCAGAGAAGACUGCCAUUCCCGACAGCGGGGAGAGUGUGCUGAGUGAGCAUCAUGAUGCUUCAUGCAGUGACCUAGUAGAGAACCUUGGUGAGGGGGGCAGAAGCACGAGCUGUGACUUAACCAUUCAUGACAAUCACCUUGACCAACCGGAGGUGGAAGAUCUUUUAAGCCUGAGUGAUAUUGUCUUGGACUUUUCUGAAGAAGAUGACAUUCAAAAGCAAUGUCUCCUUGAAUCCACACUGGUGGCCAUUUCUGUGGUAUCUUGCAGCCACAUGCCCCCACAUGAUUCCCCCAAGAAUCAGCCCCUUGAUGCUGACACAUCUGGACAAUCUCUACCACAAACAACAGAGACCCUGCAGAGUUCCAGCAGGCACCAGUGCUGCACAGAGCACAACACUGAGGACCAGCCCAGUCAAACUCAGCUAUCCCAGGAUGAUAUCUCCAAAGAACCAAACUAA